AUGGGGUUCCUCUCUCUGGUUAAUAAAAUGUCCUUCUCUGUUUUGUCUCUUUCUUACUCAAAUAUGUUAUCAACACGAAUUGCUAUGAACUCCUCUCUGUUAUUAAAAUUUCCUUCUCUCUGGUUAAAUUGUACUAUUAUCAGUGUAGGUGAUUUCCAAAGAGAUACGCUUAAGCUACAAGCACACCUCAAUUUCUGUGGGAUAAAACUCACAGAUAAAGAUUUGAUUCAAAAGACAUUGUCUACUUUCCCUUUGUCAUCUGUUAUUCUAGCCAACCAAUACCCCAUAGAGGUUGAUAAUAAAAGAAUAACAACUUUUAGCAAGUUGAUCAACUUAUUGCGGGUGGCCGAAAGGCACAAUGUAGUUCUAGCAAACAACAAUGCUAGAGCCCCUGGGAAGAAUAAAAUUCCUGAGGAUAACUAUGACAAGGAUAACAAAGGAAAACACCCGAAAGAAAAGAGGGUUAAAAAUGUUGAUUCAUAUUCUCAUGCUCCAUACUCACGUGGGGAUAACAACCCACGUGGAAGAGGACAAAAGGGUCAUCGUGGAAGGGUCCAUUGGCGUGGAGGCAAUUCAAAUACCUGGUAUAGAUAUGUUACUUCUGUACCUAGUGGUAGGGGCAACACUGUUGAAAAAGCACAUAAAAACCCUACACCUAAGAAGGUCGAGAAUGACAAUGCACCUUGUUACAGGUGUGGAAUAUCCGCACAUAAAAACCCUACCAGCAAUGCAAGGCUAGUGCCAAGGUAG